AUGUCUUGUACUUGGAUUCUAGGUUAUACAGGAAAGACUUUUAUGAACAGAGCUCGCAGAUACAGCAGCCUUGCUGCUUCUCUAGAAGGCACCAUUACUCCACCUGUGAAAGUCCAGCACACUCAGCUCCUAAUCAACGGAAAGUUCAUUGAUUCUGCCUCAGGAAAAAAAUUCCCUACUUUGGAUCCAAGAACUGGGGAAGUGAUCGCUCAGGUAGCUGAAGGUGAUGUAGAAGACGUGAACCGUGCUGUUGUAGCCGCGCGCAAGGCCUUUGAUGAGGGUCCAUGGUCUAGAAUGACUGCUUAUAUUAGCCCAAGCUCCGCUGAUCAAGGAGAGAUGCUUUGCUCCUUAAACUUCGCAAGCAGAGUUCGCGGAAUCGAAGGUGGACCUGCUAGGAAACAGGCGGAUGUGUCUAUCCACCUGAACUCCUCAAGCUAA